AAUGAAAAGGGACAGAGUUUUGAAUGACUUGGAAUUAGGGCGGAGAACGAGUUGUCGCGAGGCUGUACAGAUCCCUUUUCGCAACCCUAACAGGAGAGAAAUGAUGGAAGAAGGGUAGCCAGAAGAGUUUCCUCAAAAUACCAUAGGGGUUUUUAAUUAUUAGUACGUAUUUAAACUCAUCUACUUUCACGUUGUCCCGUUGAACGUCACUUCCGCUUAGGGGCGGACACAUUCCAAACCUGUGGCGGGAGUUGGAGAUUCUGCAGCGAAUACGCCAGGUUGAAUUGACCAAAAAAAUGGUGAUGGAAAAGGCUAGUCUCCUGCUGGUUGGGUGGGAAUUUGUGAGACAGCAUUACACACUGCUGAACCAGGCCCCAGACAUGGUGCAUAGAUUUUAUGGAAGGAACUCUUCUUAUAUCCAUGGGGGAUUGGAUUCAAAUAGAAAGCCAGCAGAUGCAGUUUACGGACAGAAAGAAAUCCACAGGAAAGUGAUGUCAUGAAACUUCACCAAAUGCCACACCAAGAUUCUCCAUGUUGACGCCUAUGCCAAGCUAAAUGAUGGUGUGGUAGUCCAGGUGUUGGGGCUUCUGUCUAACAACAACCAGGCUUUGAGGAGAUUCAUGCAGAUGUUUGUACUUGCUCUUGAGGGGUCUGUUGCAAAUCAGUUCUAUGUUCACAAUGAUAUCUUCAGAGAGCAAGAUGAGGUCUUUGGUGGGCUUGUCACUGAGCCUCAGGAGGAGUCUGAAGAAGUAGUAGAGGAACCUGAAGAAAAGACAGCAAACACCUCAGGUGGUACCUGAUGAUUCUGGAACUUUCUAUGAUCGGGCAGUUGUCAGUAAUGACAUGGAAGAACAUUUAGAGGAGCCAGUUGCUGAACUGGAGCCUGAUCCUGAACCAGAACCAGAAUAAGAAUGUGUAUCUUAAAUCCAAGAGGAAAAGUCUGAGCUAGUAUUAGAAGAAACUGCUCCUGAGGAUGCUCAAAAGAGUUCUUCUCCAGCACCUGCAGACAUAUCUCAGACAGUAUGGAAAGACUUGAGGACAUUUUCUUGGGCAUCUGAGACCAGUAACAACCUUCAACCCAGUGGAGCUGUUCCAGUUACUGGGAUACCUCCUUAUGUUGGUAAAGUACUAGCUUCACAGCCCUGUACAGUCUAAGCCUGAAUCUCAGAUUCCACCACAGAGACCUCAAAGGGAUCAAAGGAUGUGAGAACAACGAAUAAAUAUUCCUCCCCAAAAGGGACCCAGACCAAUCUGUGAGACUGGUGAGCAAGGUGACAUUGAACCCCAAAGAAUGGUGAGACACCCUGACAGUCACCAACUCUUCUUUGGCAACCUGCUUCAUGAAGUGGACAAAUCAGAGCUUAAAGAUUUCUUUCAAAAUUAUGGGAACGUGGUGGAGUUGCGUAUUAACAGUGGUGGGAAAUUACCCAGUUUUGGUUUUGUUGUGUUUGAUGAUUCUGAGCCUGUUCAGAAGGUCCUUAGCAACAGGCCCAUCAUGUUCAGAGGUGAGGUCCGUCUGAAUGUGGAAGAGAAGAAGACUCGAGCUGCCAGGGAAGGGGACCGAUGAGAUGAUUACCUUAGGGGACCUGGAGGCCCUCUAUGUGGGCUGGGUGGUGAAAUGAGAGGCCCUCCCCGUGGAGGCAUGGUGCAGAAAGCAGGAUUUGAAGUGGGAAGAGGGCUUGCUCCAUGGCAGUGAAUCUUCAUGGAUCUUCACGUGGCCAUACAAACCCUAGUUCCUACAGAAUGGUGAAUUUCUUCGACCAGCCUUUGGUAUCUUGGAGUAUGACCCCAGUUUGUUAUAAACUGCUUAAGAUCAUCAUGCCUAGGGUUCAUAACAUAAAAAAGUCUCUUACACCUCACAUUUCUUGUGUGACAAGCGAAUCUGAUAAACUGCUGGAUUUUUUGCCUGACAGACUAAGAGCAAAGCUGCUUCCAUUCCAGAAAGAUGGCAUCAUUUUUGCCCUCAAAAGAAAUGGCAGGUGUAUGGUGGCUGAUGAAAUGGGUCUAGGAAAGACAAUCCAGGCAAUUGGAAUUACUUACUUCUAUAAAGAGGAAUGGCCUCUGUUAAUAGUGGUCCCUUCGUCUCUGAGGUACCCCUGGACAGAAGAAAUCGAGAAAUGGAUCCCAGAGCUAAGUCCAGAAGAAAUCAAUGUUAUUCAGAAUAAAACUGAUGUUAGGAGAAUAUCGACCAGUAAAGUGACAGUUCUGGGUUAUGGUCUCUUAACCGCAGAUGCAGAGACUUUGAUAGAUGCACUGAAUAAUCAGAACUUCAAAGUAGUUAUAGUGGAUGAAUCACACUACAUGAAAUCCAGAAAUGCAACUCGCAGCAGGAUUUUAUUGCCAAUAGUACAGAAAGCCAGACGAGCCAUUCUUCUUACAGGAACACCAGCUUUAGGAAGGCCUGAAGAGCUUUUUAUGCAGAUUGAAGCUCUCUUUCCACAAAAAUUUGGAAGAUGGACCGACUAUGCAAAAAGAUACUGUAACGCACGCAUCAGGGACAUGGAUGAAGCUGGAAACCAUCAUUCUCAGCAAACUAUUGCAAGGACAAAAAACCAAACAUCGCAUAUUCUCACUCAUAGAUAUUUUGGUAAAAGACCUCAGUGGGAUUGUAGAGGGGCAUCAAAUCUUAAUGAACUUCACCAGCUAUUAAGUGACAUAAUGAUUAGAAGAUUAAAGACUGAAGUUUUAACCCAGCUACCUCCUAAAGUCAGACAGCGUAUUCCAUUUGAUCUUCCAUCAGCAGCUGUCAAGGAAUUGAAUACCAGCUUUGAAGAGUGGGAAAAAGUAAUGAGAACUCCAAAUUCAGGUGCCAUGGAGACAGUCAUGGGGUUGAUAACUCGCAUGUUUAAACAAACUGCUAUUGCCAAGGCAGGUGCUGUAAAGGAUUAUAUUAAGAUGAUGCUUCAGAAUGAUUCGCUUAAAUUUCUGGUUUUUGCUCACCAUUUAAGCAUGCUCCAAGCUUGCACAGAAGCAGUCAUCGAAAAUAAGACUCGUUACAUUAGGAUAGAUGGAAGUGUUUCAUCUUCAGAAAGAAUACAUCUGGUUAAUCAGUUUCAAAAGGAUCCUGACACUCGCGUGGCUAUCCUAAGCAUUCAAGCUGCUGGCCAGGGAUUAACAUUUACUGCGGCAAGUCAUGUUGUAUUUGCUGAACUGUAUUGGGACCCUGGACAUAUAAAACAAGCAGAAGACCGAGCUCACAGAAUUGGCCAGUGCAGUUCUGUGAAUAUUCACUACCUUAUUGCAAAUGGAACUCUAGACACCCUUAUGUGGGGAAUGUUGAAUCGCAAGGCUCAAGUUACAGGGAGCACACUGAAUGGCAGGAAGGAGAAAAUUCAGGCUGAGGAAGGUGAUAAGGAAAAAUGGGAUUUCCUGCAGUUUGCUGAAGCCUGGACUCCAAAUGACAGUUCUGAAGAGUUAAGGAAGGAAGCUUUGUUCACUCACUUUGAAAAAGAAAAACAGCAUGAUAUUCGAUCAUUUUUUUUACCACAACCUAAAAAAAGACAGUUGAUGACCUCCUGUGACGAAUCAAACAGAUUCCAGGAGGAAAAUACUAUAGUGUCAUCAGACCCUACAAAAACAGCUGCAAGAGAUAUCAUCGAUUAUGAAAGUGAUGUUGAACCUGAAACUAAAAGAUUGAAAUUGGCCGCCUCGGAAGACCACUGCAGUCCGUCGGAAGAGACGCCAUCCCAGUCCAAGCAAAUCAGAACUCCACUCAUGGAAAGUGUCCAGGAGGCCAAGUUCCAGUCAACCAUCCCAGCCUUUCCUGUAGAGGGCUGGCAGUGUGGUCUCUGCACCUAUAUCAAUAAUUCAGUGGUACCUUAUUGUGAAAUGUGUGAGACUCCUCAAGGCAGUGCUGUUAUGCAAAUGGAUAGCCUCAACCAUAUCCAGGAUAAAAACAAGAAGGAUGAUUCUCAGAAAGACACCUCAAAAAAGGUUCAAACUUUCUCAGACUGUGAAAAACAAGCCCUUGCACAGUCAGAACCUGGCCAGUUAGCUGACAGCAAGGAAGAAACAUCAAAAAUUGAGAAAGAAGAUGGACUUACAUCCCAGCCAGGUAAUGAACAGUUGAAGAGUUCAGACACUUUGCCAGUGUAUGACACCUUAAUGUUUUGUGCAAGUAGGAAUACUGACCGGAUUCACAUCUAUACUAAGGAUGGAAAACAGAUGAGCUGUAAUUUCAUUCCUUUGGAUAUAAAAUUAGACCUUUGGGAAGAUCUACCAGCAAGCUUUCAGCUGAAACAAAAUCGCUCACUGAUUUUGAGAUUUGUUCGAGAAUGGAGUAGUUUAACUGCCAUGAAGCAAAGGAUAAUCAGGAAAAGUGGACAGCUAUUCUGUAGCCCAAUUCUUGCUUUGGAAGAGAUCACAAAGCAACAAACCAAACAAAAUUGCACCAAAAGAUACAUAACCAAAGAAGAUGUUGCCGUAGCCUCAAUGGACAAAGUGAAGAAUGCUGGGGGCCAUGUCCGUCUGAUCACAAAGGAGUCCAGGCCACGGGAUCCUUUCACAAAAAAGCUUCUUGAAGAUGGAGCCUGUGUCCCAUUUCUAAAUCCAUACACAGUCCAGGCAGAUCUCACUGUGAAGCCCUCUACAUCCAAAGGCUAUUUGCAAGCCAUGGAUAAUGAAGGAAAUCCACUUUGCCUUCGCUGUCAGCAACCCACUUGCCAGACUAAGCAAGCAUGUAAAGCCAACUCUUGGGAUUCACGGUUUUGCUCUCUGAAAUGUCAGGAAGAGUUUUGGAUUCGAUCUAAUAACAGUUACCUGCGAGCCAAAGUAUUUGAAACUGAACAUGGUGUGUGUCAGCUCUGUAAUGUGAAUGCACAAGAACUCUUUUUACGUCUGAGAGAUGCCCCUAAAAGUCAGAGGAAGAAUCUUCUGGAUGCUACCUGGACUUCAAAGCUCCCAUUAGAACAGCUAAAUGAAAUGAUAAGAAACCCAGGGGAAGGACAUUUCUGGCAGGUGGAUCACAUCAAGCCAGUGUAUGGGGGAGGAGGACAGUGUUGCCUGGACAACCUGCAGACUCUCUGCACAGUCUGUCACAAAGAGAGAACUGCCAGACAAGCUAAGGAAAGAAGCCAGGUGAGAAGACAAUCUCUAGCAUCAAAGCAUGGAUCAGACAUCACACGAUUUUUGGUAAAGAAGUAAAGUAGGAAAAUAUAUGAAUGAAUGACAAAUGGUUUACAUGUGGAAGACUUUAAUACAGAAGUUUUCCAUGUUUGUUUAAUAUAUUGAGAGUAAAAAUAUUCAGAACAAAAAUCAAGAAUUCAAAUUCUCUUCUACUAAUUACUUUUAGUGUUAAAUACAUUUUGAAAGUACUUAACAGAAACUAAGAUACCAUAGUAAAUAUUUCUGUGGCCUUUUUGAUUUGAUGCAGACUCGUAAUUGUGUUUCAGCAAUGUUUUGUUAAGCUCUUUACCCCUAAUAUGCCUAAUCACUGUAUUGUGCAUAGAUUGUGUUUAAAAAAUGUACUCUCAAUUACCUAAAAAUGCUUCUGGAUUAGUACUGUUCUGGACUGUCAUAGGUAUGAAUGGAACAUUGCAAAACCUUAUGGGAAAUUUCAGAUGCAAAUCAUUAUUUGGGAAUUCUGGGCCAAGCAUGACCAGCCUGCUUAGGAUUCAAGAGAGAUUGUCCACUAAAUACCUCCAGAAUGAGCUUGGGGUACACAUUUUGGGUAUUGCUUUUCUUGCUUUAUUUCUUAGCUAGUCAUCUUUAUCAUCAAAAAUAUCCUUUUCAAAAUGAGGUACCUAUGGUGUUUGUGGACAAUUUGGGGGUUCUGUUUAAUUGUCAAAACUAUUAAGUAACUGAAAACAUAAAAUGUAAAAUGCCACUUAAGCUUGACUUCUUUAGAUCUUUUUUUUAAAAAAUGAAUAAAACUAGGCUUACUGUUGGCUGGGCACGGUGGCUCACGCGUGUAAUCCCAGCACUUUCGGAAGCCAAAGCGGGCGGAUCAUGAGGUCAGGAGAUAGAUUGAGACCAUCCUGGCUAAUACAGUGAAACCCCGUCUCUACUAAAAAUACAAAAACUUAGCCGGGUAUAGUGUUGUGCGCGUGUAAUCUCAGAUACUCGGGAGGCUGAGGCAGGAGAAUUGCUUGAACCUGGGAGGCAGAGGUUGCAGUGAGCCAAGAUCACGCCAUUGAACUCCAGCCUGGGCGACAGAGCGAGACUCCGUCUCAAACAAACAAACAAACAAACAAAAAAACUAAGUGUACUAUCAAAAUACUCUUUGUCUUCUGGUUCUCAUUUUCUGUUUUUAAAACCCUGUGUUAUUAAAGGUAUGUUUCUGGUACUUCUUUUAAAAAGAGUGAGGAUGAUAAAACACUUUAUAAUAAGGCAUAAUCAGAUGGUUAUAUGCAUUUAAAUAUACAAUAAUAACAUUAAAAUGUAACUGACAUAAAAUAAGAGUGAUGAUGAAACAAACCCAGGGCCUAGUCCUGCAAUAUGUCAGAAUCAUGAGAGCAAAGAGUCAGAACUAUACAAAAUACAGGACCAAGGAAGAAUUACAUUCCCAAAAGGGAGCUGUUUGUAAAUACUAUUAGGACAUAUACCUCUUUAGUUUGAGCAUUUUCCCACGUUAAUUAAUAGCUAGUGUUUUACAACAUAAAGGACUUGUUUUUAGAAAGAUUAUACAAUCAAAGAUUAUACAACCACAGUUGUUCCUCAGUUUCUAUUUCAUUGUAUGAGAUCAAAUCAUGUUGGUUAUUUUAUAAAUGAAGUUGGCCUUUCUUUGGCCUCCUUUCUGCUUAGUUGGUCAGGUGCUCUUUGCAGUUUUCUGCCUCAUUUCCAAGGUAACCUAGGAUUUGUCACGGUUGAGAGCCAAGAAGCAGGCACGCUGCCUUUCUUUCUUCCAGCAUGGGGUUUUGCAAGCGAGGUCUAAGUAGGUCAAAUUUGAGGGGAACUUGCUCUUCAGAUCACACUAAGGUGAUAAUUCUAAGGAGAAAGUUCUCAGAUGUAAGACUGUGUGAUGGUUUGAGGUGAAACAAUCCAUGAAGAUAGAUAGGCUCAAGUCUAUACCAGGUUUCAGAAUUCUGACUAAUAAAAAAUGCCGUAAGGAGCAGUGAGUAUUUGCUGUACAGGACACUGACUGGCCCAUCCCCAUCCCUUCCUGACAUGUCUCAGAGCUUUGUGUCCUGCCUUCCCCUAGUUUGGUCUGCAUUACUUGUGGGGCACAUUGAGAUGAAGGGUUCUGAGACUGAAAAUAAAGAUAGAGAUUGAUCUAAUAACCAAGACCGAAAGGGCAUCUUGAGGAGACUGUUCUUUCCUCCUCACAAUCUGAAACAGAAGCUCCCCACUAUGUAUUGCAAAUGGAAGGUUAUGACAGAGGGACACAGAAAGUGUCAGAGCAAGCAGCAGAUCCUGAGUGCAGAAAGAAGUGCAGAUGCCCCCAGGAAGAAGAUAGCUGCUGCCACUCAGGAGAUGGAGAUGGAGUGAAAAACACAGGUGGUAGAAAGAGUGUAAAAGGAUAGGCCUGGCUCUGAAAAGACUCUGAGAAGCUGCAAGAUACAGUUUAGGCUAAGAAAACAACAACAAAAAAGGGUCUGGCCAGGUAUGAUGGCACUUGCCUGUAGUCCUAGCUACUCAGGAGGCUGAGGUAGGAGGGUAACUUAAGCCCAGGUGUUCAUGACCAGCCUGGGUAACACAGCAAGGCCCCAUCUCAAAAAAGAAAAAAGGCUCUGGGUCCAGGGAACAGAGCUGGGAAGUGGUAAGUGAGGAAGGAACCUGCUUACAAUAGGGAACCAUAUGAAAAUAUGCCUGUGGGUAGGGGUAGGGUGGGGAGGACUUCCGGAGCAUGGUGGGCUCACACACUCAAACCUUGCACAGCCAGCGUCAGGCUGGUCUGCCUUCCUGUUCUCGUCACUGGGUGACAUUGAUCCCAGACACAUUCUGAUGACUAGUAAAGUUGCUUUUAGUAGCCCCAGAGCCAGGAGGAAUAAUUCAUAUGGAAUUUUUAAAGAUGCCCGCUCUCGGCGUUAAUUACAGCCCAACGUACAUUUCUUGGGGAGACUUUCCUGUGACAAGUGAAUACCCUCUACAUUUUCUUAACUGGAUGGGAAAAGGAUUUUCUGCCCAUACAUCUUGCUAAUAAAUCAAAUCUCUUCUUCAGAUUCUUGAGUGAAACAUUUAAAAUGUAGUUUCUUUAGAAAUAAAAGUAUGAGGCAUUUUAAAUGACAAAAAAGUCAAUGCUCUUGAGCUCUUUACAGUAAAUAGGUUGUGUUUACUCAUAGGACACAGAAUCAUAGAUAUCGAACAUCAAAAAUAAAUUGUAAAAAUAAUAUCUCAUUUUCUGUUGCAUAUUAUUAGCCUGUCUCUCAUUACACCAUUUGUUCUUUUGAACUGGAAAAUUGUGGGCUCCUAGUCACUGCACUAAUCUAUCUGAAUAUCCAACUACCAGAAAAAGUUUUAUCCCAUCUCAAGUUUGUCAGUUGCUUUAUAUCGUUAAGGGUGUUUUUGCCACCCUGGUUGUGUUCAUAAUUACCAUUAAGAAAUGUCACUGUUAUUAAAAUACAUUCUGUGUUCCAACUACCUGCCUCUCUGCCUUAGCAGUUUCUCUCCUACCUCCUUCAAAUCAUUGACUAGGGUGUUUCCAGCAGUAGCUUCUAGCUAUUUUCUGGAAACUGGCCUCUGGUACACCUUAAAAAUAUUGUUAAUUAUUCCACAUUUGCUAAAGUGUUUGUUUAUAUUUCAUGGUCUCUCUGCUGUCACAUAUCUGCCUUCCCUGCAACUAGAUGUCAUCAUUAGAUUGGAGAACCGCCAAACACCUAAACUAUAUGAAGCUAAAGUCUGUUUAAGAAAGAGCCUAUCCAGGCCGGGUGCAGUGGCUCAUGCCUGUAAUCCAAGAACUUUAGGGGGCCAAGGUGGGUGGAUCACAAGGUCAGGAUAUCGAGACCAUCCUGGCUAACAUGGUGAAACCCCGUCUCCACUAAAAAUACAAAAAAAAAAAUUAGCUGGGCGUGGUGGUGGGUGCCUGUAGUCCCAGCUACUUGGGAGGCUGAGGCAGGAGAAUGGCAUGAACCGGGGAGGUGGAGCUUGCAGUGAGGUGCGAUCACACCACUGCACUCCAGCCU